AUGAUAUUAUUUAAUAUAAUAACGUUGUUGGUAAUUUCAUGUUAUGGCCAUGAAGAAAAUUCUGAUUAUGUGUUGUCGAGAAAAAAGCGUUUUCUAAUAUUUCCCGAAGGCAGUUCGUUCCAAUUGGUAUUCUGUACAACGUACCCUGCAUUAACAACGAUUGGGGAUAUUUUCCUUUGGGGUAACACAGCUGCAUUAGCUUUUGAGUUGCCACAAGAUCCAUACUCACCCUUCCAUCAUAAGGCAGACCCGCAACACAGAAGAAUAGACAGUAAACAUAUUUAUUAUGUUGAUGAAAACGGAAAAAUAUUAUAUAAACAACCAUAUCAAAGAAAACUUUUGGUCAAUCCAGCAUUCGCUAAACGUAGUGUCCUAAAUGUAGAUAGAAAGAAGAUGCAUUUAUUUCAAACAAGGCCUGGGUUUAAUGAUUUGGAUCAUAAUCAAAUUGACUUCCAUCGCAGUAGCCGAACGCAGUUAUAUGAGAAGUUAGAAGUUAUGAUGCAAGGGUUGGGCGGUAAUGGGCGGGCGUGUCUGCUGAAAACACUGUGUAUGUACCGCGAGUCUGCCCAUGAACCUCAGGGAGGAUUUAUACAUGAGAUAUUGAGAUCUGUUUAUACAUUACCGAAGAGUCGAUCAGAAGAUGAUUUCUAUCAAGAAUAUGACGAAGCCUCUUCGGAAAAAUGCGAUGAAUUAUAUCCGGAAUGCACAUUCGUUGAUUCAAUUAAAUAA